GAUUUGCCUGCAGUCUAAGUCAUACUACGGUGGGGCCAAGUGAGGUACAUUUUCAGUCACUAGGUCCAGGAAGUUCACCUGGGCGUUGCCUCGUGUGUGCAAAGGAGGCCAACUCACGAGCACACAGUUAGGAUGACGUUAUUAGGGAAACCAACGACAGUGGUGGUGGCGGCGAUGGUGGCGAUGGUGGCGAUGGUGGCGAUGGUACAGCAGACGCAGGCCGCGCGGAUCCUGAUGGCGGUGCCCAUUGUGACCAAGAGCCACAACAACUUCUUCAUGCCCAUCGCCGAGCACCUGGCGCGGAGGAACCAUACGGUGACGUACGUGGCGGGCUACGAGCAAUACAAUGAGUCGCCAAACGUUGAGGUGGUGGUCGUGCCGGGAGUUCAGAUAUUUGAAAAGAUGCCCAACCGCUUCACACACAAAACCUUUGAUGCCGUGAUUGCCAUCUACGACGACAUGAAAACCAUCUGCGUCGAGGCUUUGGCCUCCGAGGGAGUGCAGCGCCUCAGGAACGAGAAGAUUGAUCUGGUCAUAUUACACGUUGGCAUCACUGAAUGUUUCCUCUCUUUCGUCCACGAACAAAAGGUUCCGUUCAUCUUCGUCAAUCCGAACAAGAUCAGCGGCGCCCACGACUACGCGACCCGCAGCCCCGCCUUCCCCGCCCUGGUCUCAAACUUCUUCCUGGAACUCUUGCCGCCGCUGACCUUCACGGGGCGCAUGCUGAGCACCCUCCACGACCUCAUGUGGCGCGCGUGCAACCAAGGGAUCCUCAUUCCAAGGACCGGGAAUGUCGCGCCCGCAAGCUGUGCCCUGAAGACAUGCCCAGCCUCGGGGAGAUCGUCGUCAAUGCCAGCCUUUUUAUCACCAACAGCGUCAGGACGAUGGAGAACCCGACGCUGCCCUACACGCCCACGGUGGUGCACGCCGGAGGAAUACACUGCCGCCCCGCCGAGCCGCUCCCCGAGGAUCUGCAGCAGUGGGUCGCCGGUGCAGGGAAGCCGGGAGUCAUCCUCUUCAGUUUGGGAAGCCUUGUCAAGUCGUCAAACAUGCCCGAGGAGUACAGGAAGGUGCUGCUGGAGGUGUUCGGCUCUCUGCAGCAGCGGGUCCUGUGGAAGUGGGACGAGGACGCCAUGGAGGGCCUUCCCCCCAACGUGCGGCUGUCCAAGUGGCUCCCUCAGCAGGACAUCCUCGGUCAGUUUGCCGUUGUUACUGGGCUCUGCUGGACACCCGCAGGCGCGACUCUUCAUCACACACGGGGGUUUGUUCAGCACCCAGGAGGCCACCUACCACGGGGUGCCGGUGCUCGGCCUGCCUGUACACGUGGACCAACACCACAACAUGAAGCUGGUGCAGCAGGAGGGCUGGGGACGUGUCCUCGACUGGAAGGACCUAACCUAUGACAGGCUCCGCGGCCACAUUCUACAGAUCAUGGACGAGCCUACGUUUCGGGAGGAGGCGCAGCGGCGGGCGAGGGUGAUGCGGGACCAGCCGAUGUCACCGGGGGACUGGGCGACCUACUGGGUGGAGUAUGUCCUGCGGCACCAAGGGGCACGACACCUCCGCUCCCCUGCCCUUGACAUCCCUUGGUACGAGUUGUACAACUUUGACGUGUGGGCGGUGGUGGUGGUGGUGACGCUGGUGGCGGGGGUCCUGGCCUCCUGGCUCUCCUACAGGAUCCUUCGAGCCCUGAUUGGAUGCUGCUGCCGAGCAAGGAAGACCAAGAAGGAUUGACGCUCAUCACACCUAAGUGCUGUCCCUCAGGAUCGAAACUAAAAAGUAAUGAAACUUUUGUGAGAGGAACAGGCAAGGUACUGCAGUGAAUGGUAGUAGCGGGGCAGUAAGAAAGAACUAACUCUGAUAAUACUCGUCUAAUGUCAAGAGAAAAUAGCGAGUGAGGGACAGGGACGCUCACCGGUAAUUGUACUGUGCUUCGGGCAACAAAGAACAUGAUAGGAAAGAGACAAACAAACUUCUUACUGUACAUAUAUAUAAGAGCAUUUGUUAACCGACCAAUUAAAUAUUAGUACACACA